AUGUCAUCAUCGUCAUCCUCCGGCGGCCGGCUCCUCGUCACCGGUCUGAAGCAUAUAAGUCCACGCAAUCUAAUCAAGCAGUUCAUGUCAUCGGGAGAUAGCUUGCUUCCGACAGACACUUCAUCCAGACGACAGAACUGGUUCGACAAGGCGCAGGACAAGUACUUUGCGACUUCUGACGAUCCAACGUACGACGACUUGCCUUACGAGACCGCUCUGAUCGAUAGGAUGGGCGUCACACUUUCUACGGCCAGAUGGAUGGCCCCGGCUGCCUUUGCUGGCAACUUUGCUUGCCAGCUCUACGGCAUGACCACUUCGCCCAACAUGAAGGAGAUCGCGGAGAAGCAUCACGUCGCUUUCGCCGGUCAUCCGUUUGCAAUUGCUGCCUUUUUCAGCACCCAGCAAGUCUUGCAUCUCCUCUAUCUGCGCCGGUUGUGGUCAGGCGAGCACACCAUCCAGCAGAACGAAGCCGUCAAUUACGCGCCAUGGUACUCCAUUGGCAAUGUCUGCAUCGGUCUAUGGAUGGUCGGCUGGGAGUUUGAGAACUUCUCGCUCAGCAAUGUCUUUGUCAUCAUCAACUCGGCCUCUCAGCUCUACUAUCUCUUUGCGAGAGCUCAGAACCUUCCACAGACCGAUCUGACGCAUCUCGUCUGCUCCACCUUUGCCGGUAUCGGUGUCCUCGACAUGCUGCACAACGGCGCACUUGCGUUCUUCCCACAGGUCGUCUCGCAACCUGCUGGCUGGGUGCAAGCACUAUCCGCCGUCGGCUUCGCUGCCGGUGUCGCGACGAGCAAGUCGCUUUCCUUCGCUGCCUCGCUCGUCUUCAACACUGUCGCCUUGACUUUGGCGCAAAGCGGUCAGUGGCAGCAAGUCAUGGGCGGCACAUCCGUUGUGGGAGCCGCCAUUCUCGCAGCGCGUCUGCUCAAGCAGUAA